GGGGCCCUAGGCUGGGCACGUGCGGGAGGAAGUGGCGGUGUCUGCCCACGGGGCGCUCGUAGGCCCUUCAGCGUGGAGUCAUGGGAGGCCUGGAGAAAAAGAAGUAUGAACGAGGCUCCGCCACCAACUACAUCACCCGAAACAAAGCCCGAAAGAAGCUGCAGCUGAGCCUGGCUGACUUCAGGCGACUGUGCAUCCUGAAGGGCAUUUAUCCCCAUGAACCCAAACACAAGAAGAAGGUUAACAAGGGCUCCACGGCGGCCCGAACUUUUUACCUUCUCAAAGACAUCAAAUUCCUCCUCCAUGAACCCAUUGUCAACAAGUUUCGGGAAUACAAGGUGUUCGUCCGGAAGCUCCGGAAGGCCUAUGGGAAGAGUGAGUGGAACACUGUAGAGCGGCUGAAGGACAACAAGCCAGACUACAAACUUGACCACAUUGUCAAGGAGCGGUACCCCACGUUCAUAGACGCUCUGCGGGACCUGGACGACGCCCUCUCCAUGUGCUUCCUCUUCUCCACCUUCCCACGGACUGGCAAGUGCCACGUGCAGACCAUUCAGCUGUGCCGCCGGCUCACUGUGGAGUUUAUGCACUAUGUCAUUGCUGCCCGUGCCCUGCGCAAGGUCUUCCUGUCCAUCAAAGGCAUUUACUACCAGGCCGAGGUGCUGGGGCAGCCCAUCGUGUGGAUCACACCUUAUGCCUUCUCCCAUGACCACCCAACAGAUGUUGACUACAGGGUCAUGGCCACCUUCACUGAGUUCUACACCACUCUUCUGGGCUUCGUCAACUUCCGCCUCUACCAGUCGAUCAACCUGCACUACCCGCCCAAGCUGGAGGGUCAGGUCCAUGCAGAGGUGAAGAGCAAUGAGGACACCUACGCAUUGGAUUCCGAGACCUCUAUGGAGAAACUGGCGGCCCUCAGUGCCAGUCUGGCCCGCAUGGUGGUCCCUGUGGAGGAGGAGCCUGAGGUGGAUGAGUUUCCUGCUGAUGGGGAGAUGACGGCCCAGGAGGAGGACCGCAGGAAGGAGCUGGAGGCGCAGGAAAAGCACAAGAAGCUCUUUGAGGGCCUAAAGUUCUUCCUGAACCGUGAGGUGCCCCGCGAGGCCCUGGCUUUCGUCAUCAGGAGUUUUGGAGGGGAUGUGUCCUGGGACAAGUCUCUGUGCAUUGGGGCCACGUAUGAUGUCACAGACUCUUGCAUCACCCACCAGAUCAUCGACCGGCCUGGGCAGCAGACACCUGUUAUCGGCAGGUGCUACGUGCAGCCCCAGUGGGUGUUUGACUGUGUGAAUGCCCGGCUCCUCCUCCCCGUGGCGGACUACUUCCCAGGAGUGCAGUUGCCUCCACACCUCUCACCCUUCGUAUCAGAGAAGGAAGGAGAUUACGUCCCUCCUGAGAAGCUGAAGCUGCUCGCCCUGCAGCGGGGAGAGCACCCAGGAAAUAUGGAUGAAUCUGAAGAGGAGGAUGAGGAGGAAGAGAAUGAUGGUGAUGGUGAUGAAGGGGGAGAAAAUGAAGAGGAGGAGGAAGAUGUGGAGGCUGGUUCAGAGAAGGAAGAAGAGGCCCAACUGACAGCCCUGGAGGAAGAGAGGAUGGAGGGGAAGAAGCCCAGAGUGAUGGCAGGCACUGUGAAGCUAGAGGACAAGCAGCGGCUGGCCCAGGAGGAGGAGAAUGAAGCCAAGCGCCUGGCCAUCAUGAUGAUGAAGAAGCGGGAGAAGUACCUUUAUAAUAAGAUCAUGUUUGGCAAGAGGCGAAAAGUCCGAGAGGCCACCAAAUUGGCAGAGAAGCGGAAAGCCCACGACGAGGCUGUGAAGUCUCAGAAGAAAGCCAAGAAGUCCAGGCCCGUGUGAGUGGCGGCAGCCUCUUGACGGACGAGACCCGCUCCUGGCAGCUGGACUUGGCACAGGCAGGACAGAGGACCCAGGCUUGGUGGCAGACCAGUCUUUUCUCUUUUCAUCCCCUUCCUCCCCCUGCUGGACCUGGCUUCCUCUCAAGCUCUCUGGCUGGAGCCCCAGCCUCCCUUGGAUGGAGCUCCCUGCUAGUGGCUGGGCAGAGGAGAGGCCUUUGUGCCCAGCCCAACUUGAUGCUCCCAGGAAUCCGUGACAUGGGGGGCAGGGGCCUGACCAGCCCCUCACCAGCUGCUCCCUGUUCCCUGACUUUCUGCAGUGCACCCCUCCCCCCAUGGUUGGACUGGUGAUUUUCCUGCUGCUGUGGUGGGGUGAGGGUGGAGAAGCAUUUGUUAUUAAACAGUUGGUUUUGAAACGA